GACAGACAGCUGGGCUUCCCCGUGUAAACAGGAGCCGGGCAGGAGCCGAGAGUCCGGGUCACCCGGCCGGCUGGAGCCGUACAGCCCUCGCAGGAGCAGCUCGCCGCCCGCCCCGGCCAUGGGUAGCAACAGCUGGAGGAGCCGGCCUGGGCCCAGUGCGGGGCAGCGAGGUGCAAGGCCCGGCAAUGGCACUAAAUGAUCCCUGUAUCAAAGAUUCCUUCCUUUAAAUGAGAGGACCAAACAGGACGGUGUGAUGAACAUGCCACUGCAUCAGAUCUCUGUCAUUCCAGCUCGGGAUGUCACCUCUUCCAGAAUCUCUAGGAGCAAGACCAAAGAAAAAGAGAGAGAGGAACAGCUGAAGUGGACUGUUGUACACCUAUUUGCACCAGUACUUCAGAAUGCUGCUAUUAUAGAUGAAGUUCCCCAGAAUGAGAAGGCUUUGGGGCAUUCCGUGAGCCGUUCCAGUAACAUCUCAAAGGCUGGCAGUCCAACCUCCGUUUCUGCUCCUCAUAGCUUCUCUCGGACUUCUGUUACACCAUCCAAUCAGGACAUCUGCAGUUCCAGUGCAGUGUUUUCUGAAUGUUGUCAUCACAGUCCAGUGCAGUCUGCUGUUGUCUUGAAAAAUCCUCACUGCCAGAAUUCUCUGACACAAGGGGUCACAGUGACAGUAAUCUGUCAGGACACGUUACAGGCAUCAAAAAGAAACUCACAUGGGCAGGAUUGGGUCCAUGCGCUCGAGUCUGCUAAAAAUGCAAAAGCCACCCGUGCUCUUAAAUUCUCCAAGUCCCUCAACGACAUGGACCAGAAGGCACAGAGCACAACAGAGGGCUCUAACUAUGGGGAGCGAACGUGCUCUGAAGGCAAACUGACCCCGACACAGGAGCAGUGUUUAAGGAUUAACAGAUUUAAUCAGAAAGAGAAGAAAUUGCUCAAUCUCAGGCCUUUUUUUAGCAAUUCUAAACACUCUUACAUGCCGUCUCUUUGCACCACCUACUCGAGCGCUUCGGGAGCAACCGAGAACCACCACGCGGUGCAUAUACCUCUCCUGGAUGACAAGGUGGACAAUGAGACAUCAUCAAGAAGCAAAAAGCUGCUGCGCUACCUCUUCUCCUUCUCCCACAGCUCGAGUGCCAGCAGCCUGCAUAAGUUCCAUGAACUAGAGAGCUAUCCAAGCCACUUCCAAACUGCAAAAUCCUCCAGUGUGCUGGUGGAAAGCACAGGCUUCUGCUCUGAUGACAUGGGGGAUGACGACGUAUUUGAGGACAGUGCCUCCGUGAGGUUGAAAGCAAAAGAGCUGCGGGCACCACUCUGUUCAGUUGAGAAAGACAGUGACCUAGACUGCCCUUCUCCCCUGUCAGAAAAAUUCCCCCCUCUUUCCCCUGUUUCCACGUCGGGGGAUGCCUGCAGGAUAUGUCACUGUGAAGGAGACGAGGAGAGCCCCUUGAUUACCCCCUGUCACUGCACAGGAAGUCUUCAUUUUGUGCACCAAGCCUGCCUGCAACAGUGGAUCAAGAGCUCAGACACCCGAUGUUGUGAACUCUGCAAGUAUGAGUUCAUCAUGGAGACCAAAUUAAAACCUCUACGAAAGUGGGAGAAGUUGCAGAUGACGGCCAGUGAGAGGAGGAAGAUCAUGUGCUCUGUAACAUUCCAUAUCAUUGCCAUCACCUGCGUCGUGUGGUCUCUGUAUGUCCUUAUAGACAGGACUGCUGAAGAGAUUAAACAGGGACAGACUACUGGGAUUCUAGAAUGGCCAUUUUGGACUAAGCUGGUAGUUGUGGCUAUUGGCUUCACUGGAGGACUCCUGUUCAUGUAUGUACAGUGCAAAGUAUAUGUACAGCUGUGGAAGAGACUUAAGGCUUAUAACCGAGUAAUAUAUGUACAGAACUGUCCGGAUACUAGCAAAAAGAGUAUCUUUGAAAAACCUGCAUUAAUGGAGCCAAAUGUUGAAAAUAAAGAAAUGCUUGGGGUCCACCAUUCGGAUACAAACUCUUCACAUUACACGGAGCCUGAAGACUGUGGUGCAGAAAUCCUUCAUGUCUGAUCUUUGGGGGCUGGGGAAGGGUGGGGGUUCUGUAUGUUCCUGAAGAUCAAAAGCAUCAUUGUUUACUGCAAACUGCUCUAACUUUUUAAAAUCAGCUAACAGCCUAGCGCUGGCGGAUUACUUUUUUUUUUUUUUUUUUUUUACCCCCUCCUGACACAUCUGUCAGUAUGUUAUCAUGGUUCCAUACCUCUCGAUGUUUCAUCUCUCAGACUGGCCUGUACAAAGAGACACUGGAGGCUUCACUGGAUGAGGCAAGGCGUCAGAGUACGGCAAGUCCGGUGUGAACCAUCAUCAGCUUCAUGGAGUCUGCUUCUUUUUAAAAGACCGCUCGCUCUAAACUAUCCCAGAAUGCAUGUGGGGCAAUUUAAGCCUUGAUGAGAAGAUGGCUUCAGACAUUGAGGAACAGCUGAGAGAGAGGAAUGAGAGACCUUGAAUCUAAUCUACCGCUAACACUGCCACUAACAUUUCUCGUAGGCAGCGGCUAUAAGAUUAUGCUUUACAUAUUGUGAUAAAGGACUCACAAAGCAUAUAGCACUUUUUAAAGUCUUUAUUUUGUAAUAUAUGUGUCCAAUGAGAAUGAAACUUGAAAGAAUGUCUCAUUUCAAAAUACCCCUUUUUAAUACUCUCUCUUGAUCCAUUUACAUCCUAUUAGGUCCUAAACCUCUUGCCUUACAAAAAUCUAAUGUGGUUUCCAACGCAUACCCACAGCAUAACACUAAAAACUCUGCUUCUUGGGGGUUUUCUCUCAGGAGAAAAUUUUUCAAAGAAUAUUGCACUUGUGACUUGUAAAUGGAGAGUAGUGGAUGUAAAAUGUUUGUUUUAAUAUGUAAUAGUUUCAUUGUUCUGGGGGGUUUUUUUUGUUUGUUUUAAAUCAACUACAUAGUUGAUAGACCUGCACAUAUCCCUGAUGUAACUGUCAUUCCAGCCGCUGGCAAAGGGGCUUGGACACUAUUGGUAAAAUGUGAGCUCUUUAGAAAAAAAAAAAAUACAGCUGAAAAUGGUUUGCCUUCUUUAAUGCUGUGUUCUGCGUGACUCACCCAAGAAUUUGACAACAUGAAGAAGGGGUGUUGAAAACAACUAUUAAGGAGUAGUAAAUAUUGCAUAGGGUCUCCUGUCUCUACAUAGCUGAGGUUGAAACCGCCUUCCUAUUUUAGCCCAAAUUUUGAUAUAUUCCUUGGUCGGAGUGAUUUUGAUUUGUUUGUUUUAAACCUGUGAAUGGCUGAUUGUAUGAACUGUUUGAUGGGAAGAGGAACAUGUAUGGAGUCAGGGUGAGGAGUACUGGGUAGAGUUGUCCAAAUGUUUAAAAGUACAUGAGCUUUCUUAGGGAAUCAUUCUUUCAACCAGAGUAAGGUGAAGGUUGUCUCAAUCCCAGACCUCAUUAAACCAGACCAUAGUGUCAGCAUCAUUGAAAUGGAAAAGUCAUAAUUAAAAGGUAUUGCAAAAGGUUUCUAGUUUUAAGAGCUGACUUGCUCCAUUCGGGUCCAAUCCAACUCCCAAUAAAGUCAAUGGGAAUCUUUUUAUUGACAGUAAUGGGAGUUGCACUGGGCCUCUUAGUUCAUUAGGAAAUCUGUUUACGUGUUGGAAUAUUCGACCAAAUCCCAAGGUCUUUAUCCAGGGUUUAUUCAAUCCUUUCUCAGGCAAACUCCCACUGAGCAAGGGUUUGGCCCAAAGAAAAUAGUUGGACACUGGAAAGGAAGAACUGCAGAUUAGAGAAAUUUCCAUAAAAAUGUGACAUUAUUUUUUGUCUUGAUCUUUUUGAUAAAAAUCUGUGGAUUUAUUUGAGGCAAAUGAGUGAGGAUGCUAAGAGGACAUCAACCAGUGGUUUCUAAAGCCUGUGUGAGUGGGCACGCGUGCGUGCAUGUUUUUUUUUUUUUUUUCCCUCCAAGCUUACUGGCCCUGGUCUUUGUUAAUAACAUGUACCUGUUUUGGGGAUGCUUAAAAACAUUGCACAUCUCUGGACAAUCUAUCAAGCUGCACUGGCAUAAACUUGUCGCUGUGGUGGGGCCAUGACGUUCCACACUCAGCCAGUAUAGGCAGGCGAGAACCCUCCCUUCUACCAUCUAGGCAGUCCUCAUUUCCCCAUGCAUGCAGUCUGUUGCCUGUGUCUGCUACAUUCUAAAGUGCAAUUAUCUGGGCCCCUUUCUGAACACCCUUCUUCCCAACGUCCCGGCAGUGACCAUGGUCUGUUCACUAAAACCCAGAUCACGUGGUAUUUUUUAUGUUUGGUGAACAGGUUAAGCAAAUCGACUCAGGUGGGUUAAAUACCAGGUCUUCAUCAAAUUCUUAAUAAAUUUUCAUGCAUGCAAGGCUGCAAGGAUUAAAAAUUAACAUAGAGUCAUCUCCAGGGUAGUGCUGUCUGCAGUCUCAUCUGACCGGGACCUUUUGAGAAACAUUACUAGAGUUAGUUUGAUAUUUUGGAAGCUUAGCAUAGCUUAUGCCAGCUGCUGUACAAUACACUGCUAAAGACUCUCCCCCCCCCACCCCCACACCCUACCAA